AUGUCGUCCACAGACUCGCCCCAAAGGGUUAAGCCCGGGUCCAGACCAAGGGGAAGGUACACAACCAAAGCCUGCGAGGAAUGCCGUCAACGAAAAGCAAAAUGCGAUGGGAAGAAACCUCGCUGUUCGAGAUGUGUUCAAUGUGAUGCUCAGUGUCAAUAUUCCGGUGCAGAAGAUGGACGUCGACCGGCACCAAAGUCUUAUGUGCUUCUUCUGCGACAGCGGAUUGCGUCUCUUGAGAAGUUGCUCGAAAGCCAUGGCAUUGAUCCUACGGCGGAACAUAUCUCCGAAACGAGCGAUUCCCGGCCGAACUAUGGCGGCGAUAAUCUGAAAGCUGUUGAUAUGAACUCAACUGCAGAGGACUUAUGCGAGAUUCUCAAAGGCCGUCUGUCCUUAGAUGAGUCGUUGAAUUUCGACCAGGACGGUGAGAUGAGGUACUUCGGACCGACAAGCGGACGACUCCAGUUCCGGUCCCCUGGGCCUGACGAGAAGGAUGAACUACAGAACGCGUACUCCGUUCCCGAGCUCGAGCCAGUACUGCAGAGCAUUGAUGAAUUUCUCAACUUUCCUCUUUCGGACCCCACGUUCGAGGAAAUGGGGAUCUCCAGAGCGUGCCAGGACGAGCUAAUCAAUCUUUACUUCACCUGGGAGCAACCGUGGUAUCCCAUCGUGGAUGAGACUCUCUUUCGAGAUAGUAUGGACAACCGUGGGCCGUAUUGGAGUCCGCUCCUCCACUACUCUAUCCUUGCGCUGGGCUCCCGCUUUACGGAUAGUCUAGAGGUCCGGAGUGAUCCGAAUGACUCUAAUACAGCCGGACAGCCGUUUUUCGAAAGGGCGAAGACUCUCUUGCAUCAGGAAAUGGAGCAUCCGACAUUUCUGACGAUUCAGGCUUUGGGAGUGAUCGGAAUGGUCUAUAUCGCUAUGGGCUCAGACGCAGCGGGAUGGUUACAUCACGGGAUGGCUAACAGGCUAAGUCUUGACAUCGGCUUGAACAUGGACCCCGUAGGCUUUGAAGGGACGACCACUAUGACUCCCCGCGAACUUCGACUGAGACGGCAAGUGUAUUGGACCUUGUACUGUCAUGACAAAAUGGCCGCCACUUAUACGGGCCGGGUCUGCUCCAUGCUCGACCAACAAGGGGCGGUUGACUUACCGUCAGAACUGAAUGAAGAUCAGCAUACCAACAGCCAGACACCCGAAAAUAUCCAAAGAACCCUAAUACCGUUGCAAAGAGCCAUGAUAACUCUCUGCCGUAUCAAGGAAAGAAUCUUAUUAUCACUAUGGGCCCCGAGAUAUCUCUCCAAGCCCCACGAACGACUAAACCUGCUGCGAACCUGCCUCUUAGAUCUCCGAACCUGGUUCUACGAUCUACCACAGGGGCUCCGGAUCGACCGCGCAAACGAUGUUCCCCACGUCUACACCCUACAUAUGAUCUACCACACCGCGAGGAUCAUUCUGACCCGACCAUUCCUGGCCAACGCGGCCGAGAACCAAUGCGCAGAGAGGCCGAGUGACCUCCUGAGUGUGGCCAAAUCCGUCUGGCGCGAGUCCGCCACAGCCAUCUGCCUUACGGGCCAGAAGUAUCGCCGUGUUUUCCAGAGCUUUCACCGCAGUCCGAUUUCCGCCAUGCAUUGCACGCUAUGCGCCGCGGUGGCGCUGCUGGAGGACCAGGACAUUCCCUCCAAUGCCACUCACUUAGCGACUUGCGUGACUGUGUUGGACGAACUGUCCACAUCCUGGCAUCCGGCUCUGUAUAUUGGAAACAAUCUACGGCGGCUGUGUCCGUCGAUUUCCACACAGGUGACCCCACGGUCGGGUAGUAGUUCCGACAACAACUUCGAUACGCAAAACAUCACCAUUGGGCCUGGGUCUAUCGAGCCUUCCGCUCGGCGGGUUAAUACCGAAUGGCAGAUACACAAUGCAGGUGGGUUGGCCCCGUGGAGUCACCUGCCCGGUGACUACGGACUGUUCGACCUACUCAAUCAUACGACUUGGGAUCGGCCGUGGUAGUAGAGCUGGUAUUUCGAUAAAUUUAAGGGCACUCGACUAUAAGAUCUGCCAGAGUUAUCAACGUAU